UUCCUGAAGGGAGGAUGGGCUAGGGCAGGCACACAGUGCCGGAGAAGAUGCCCUCUUGGGCCCUCUUCAUGGUCACCUCCUGCCUCCUCUUGGCCCCUCCAAACCAGGCACAAGUCACCAGCCAAGAUGUCUUCCUGCUGGCCUUGGGCCCAGAGACCCUGAAUUGUUUCACCCAAACAUUUGAGGACCUCACCUGCUUCUGGGAUGAGGAAGAGGCAGCACCCAGUGGGACACACCAGCUGCUGUAUGCCUACCCAGGAGAGAAGCCCCGUGCAUGCCCCCUGCAUUCCCAGAGUAUGCCCACCUUCGGAACCCGGUAUGUGUGCCAGUUUCCAGGCCAGGAUGAAGUACGCCUCUUCUUUCCGCUGCACCUCUGGGUGAAGAAUGUGAUCCUCAACCAGACUUUGAUCCAGCGGGUGCUGUUUGUGGAUAGUGUGGGCCUGCCAGCUCCCCCCAGGGUCAUCAAGGCCAGGGGUGGGAGCCAACCAGGGGACCUUCAGAUCCACUGGGAGGCCCCUGCUCCUGCCAUCAGUGCCUUCCUGAGGCAUGAGCUCCGCUAUGGCCCCACGGACUCCAGCAACGCCACCGCACCCUCCGUCAUUCAGCUACACUCCACAGAAACCUGCUGUCCCACUUCCUGGGUGCUGAAUCCAGUUCCUGUUCUUGACCAGUCACCGUGUGUUCAUCCCACAGCCUCCCUACAACAUGGACCAGUGAGGACCUCCCCGGCUGGAGAAGCUCCAUCUCUGACAGUGAAGGGUGGAAGCUGUCUGGUCUCAGGCCUCCAGGCUGGCAAGUCCUACUGGCUCCAGUUACGCAGCCAACCUGACGGGGUCUCUCUUCGUGGCUCCUGGGGACCCUGGUCCUUCCCCGUGACUGUGGACCUUCCAGGAGAUGCAGGGACAAUUGGACUUCAGUGCUUCACCUUGGAUCUAAAGAAGGUUAUCUGCCAAUGGCAGCAACAAGGCCACACUGACUCCCGAGGCUUCUUCCACCACAGCAGGACUCGGUGCUGCCCCACAGACAGGGACCCCACCUGGGAGAAAUGUGAAGAGGAGGAACUGGAUCCAGGGUCACAGCCCGCUCUGUUCUCCCGCUGCCACUUCAAGUCACAAAACGACAGUGUUAUUCACAUCCUUGUAGAGGUGACCACAGCACAAGGUGUCGUUCACAGAUACUUGGGCUCCCCUUUCUGGAUCCACCAGGCUGUACUCCUCCCCACCCCAAGCCUGCACUGGAGGGAGGUCUCAAGUGGAAGGCUGGAGUUGGAGUGGCAGCACCAUUCAUCUUGGGCAGCUCAAGAGACCUGCUACCAGCUCCGGUACACGGGAGAGGGCCUGGAGGACUGGAAGGUGCUGGAGCCGUCUCUCGGAGCCCGGGGAGGGAUCCUAGAACUGCGCCCCCGAGCUCGCUACAGCUUGCAGCUGCGUGCCAGGCUCAACGGCCCCACCUACCAAGGCCCCUGGAGCGCCUGGUCUCCUCCAGCUAGGGUGUCCACGGGCUCCGAGACUGCUUGGAUCACCUUGGUGACUGCUCUGCUCCUGGUGCUGAGCCUCAGUGCCCUUCUGGGCCUACUGUUGCUGAAGUGGCAAUUUCCUGAGCACUACAGAAGACUGAGGCAUGCUUUGUGGCCCUCACUUCCAGACCUACACCGAGUCCUAGGCCAGUACCUUAGAGACACUGCUGCCCUAAGUCCCUCUAAGGCCGCCGUUGCUGACAGCUGUGAAGACGUGGAGCCCAGCCUCCUGGAAAUCCUCCCUAAGUCCUCAGAGAGCACUCCUUUGCCCCUGUGUCCCUCCCAGCCUCAGAUGGACUACCGAGGACUGCAACCUUGCCUGCGGACCAUGCCCCUGUCUGUGUGCCCACCCAUGGCGGAGCCGGGGUCCUGCUGCACCACACACAUUGCCAACCACUCCUACCUGCCACUAAGCUACUGGCAGCAGCCCUGAGGGCAGUCCCCGUGCUACUGCAGACCUAUGGCUUCCUGCACCCUACCUUAUCCAUCCUUAACACCAACAACCAACCCAUCCAUUGUUUCCCCACUUCCUGUCUCUCCAGAUGGCUGCUCACAAGUCCAGAGCUCUUUCUCCGCAAUCACUGGGCUCCUCUGGCUCUUGAUUUUUAUUUUUUUAGACAGUGUUUUAUUAUGUAAGUCUGAUGGCCUAUAACUUACUAUGUGGACCACCCUGGGUCCCACGGCAUCACCUUCCUUCCUAGUUCUGUUCCUGCCUCUCCGAGCAUACCAGCAGCAAAACAGCCAACUCGGGGGCUGGCCCUGUCGUUCACACCUGCUAGCUGUGCAAACUUAGGCAAGUAGUUGAAUGCCUUUGAGGUUUUUCCCUCUGGUCUGCAGAGAUGAUAACAGAGCCCCACAGGGCAGUGUGAACACUUGAGAGCACGAUGGCUGGGAUAGAGUAAAUGCUUAAUAUACCUCAACUAGUGUCCUAUUUCUUCUUUUCCUAUUCUGGUCUUUAUUAUAUGACAACCAUCAGAAAGUUCUUCUCUCCAGCCCAAACUUCUAUAGUGCCCACAGUGUUUUGUGUGGAUUUUAACAUGUGUGCCUCUUGCUCCUGGAUGGUGAGUUGAAAGGGCAAGGGUUAGGAUCUGUCCUUUCUCCCAGCGUCUGGAAUACUAUUUGGUGUAUGAUAGGUAACAGACCUUCAAUAAAUAUCAGCUGAGUGAAA